UCUCCGCAUACCUUUCUUGAAAGAAGAGAGAAACUUAGGAAAGAAAGAGGAGAGAGAGAGACCACUUCACUAUCUAAAAAAGAUGACCGAGUUAAUACCAAGUCUGCCCGACGAAAUAGCCCUCGAAUGCCUCUUUCGCCUUCACUACACUACUCACCGAGUCGCGUCCCAAGUUUGCAAACGCUGGCGUCCGGUUCUUCAAAGCAGAGAUUUUUACUAUCAGAGAAAGCAGAACGGGCUUACCCACAAAGCUGCUUGCUUAAUCCAAGCUAUCCCGGACCAGAACGGUUCGAGCCAACCCAAACCGAUUGGACCCCCCAAAUAUGGAGUUUCUAUAUUUGACUCUGUUAAUGGGUCGUGGGACCGGGUCGACCCGGUUCCGGCGUACCCAGACGGCCUUCCUUUGUUCUGCCAAGUCACAAGCUCGGAGGGCAAGCUCGUCCUCUUGGGAGGAUGGGACCCGGUGAAGUACGAGCCUCUGAGUCAAGUCUUUGUUUACGAGUUCACCACCCGUCAAUGGAGGCGAGGCAAGGACAUGCCAGAAAAUCGUUCCUUUUUCGCUGUAGGUGAGUUGAACGGCCGGAUUAUAAUCGCUGGUGGCCAUGACGAGAACAAGAACGCGUUGAAAACAGCCUGGGUGUAUGAUGUGAUUCAGGACGAGUGGGCUGAGUUACCCCAGAUGAGCCAGGAGCGAGACGAGUGCGAGGGAGUUGUGAUUGGGUCCGAGUUCUGGGUCGUGAGUGGAUACAGAACUGACAGUCAAGGCGGGUUUGAGGGAAGCGCCGAGUCGAUUGAACUCGGAGCGAGCAAGUGGAAGCGAGUUGAGGGCGCGUGGAAAGCGAGCCAGUGCCCAAGGUCCUCUCUCGGAGUGGGCAGCGAUGAGAAACUGUUCAGCUGGGCCGAGUCUGAUUCGGCGUUGAAAGUCGGGGCAAGUAGCGUCCAUCUAGGUGAAAAGACAUUUGUGUCCGGAUCAGCUCAUGAAGGCGGGCCACAAGGGUUCUUUCUUGUGGAUGGACAAAAUGGUAAAUGGGAGAAGUUAAAUGUGACAGGUGAAUUUUCUGGAUUUGUUCAAUCUGGCUGCUGUGUGGAGAUAUAGAUAGUGUCAGAAAUAGUACACAAAUCAAUUUGAGUGGAGAGGAAAUGAGUCUUUUACACGUUUGGAUCUCUGUAAAAAAAUAUGCACUUUACUAUUUGCAUGGCGAGUUUUGAUUGCUAUUUUGAUCUA